CACUUCCUGAUUGUAAUGUUUACAGCUGGAGGGAGGGGUUGUCGAGAAAAAAACUGAAAGACCACAGGCUAAAUAUGUCUGAAAAGUAAUACGCAUAACUGGAAAGGGGUUUCAGCCAGAUGAGAAGUCCACAUAGCAGCGACAAAACGGACACUUUGGCCUGUCCUGCCUAGAGGAAUGAGUUAGCCCCUCGCCAACACGGUGCCAGUCUGACAGGUGUGUGGCUCACCUUGCCCGGUCAGUGAUGGAGAAGCUGAUAUCCAGUCUUACGGAGAAGCGCGUGCUUUUCACGGCUUCUGUCGCCAUCCGGCUUGCUUUGGUCGCUUAUGGCGACUACCAGGACAGGACUAUGGCGGUGAAAUACACUGACAUUGACUAUCAUGUGUUCACGGAUGCUGCGAGGUUCAUCACUAAGGGGGAGUCACCGUACAACAGAUCAACGUACCGCUACACUCCUCUAAUAGCCUGGCUGCUCACCCCCAACAUUUAUCUCAACCCGAUGUUUGGCAAGCUCCUCUUCAUCAUCUGUGAUGUGCUCUCAGGACUGCUCAUGUACCGGAUCCUGUGUCUACGAGGUCUAGGUUCCCAGGCGGCAUGCCGUAUGUGUUCUCUGUGGCUCCUCAACCCCCUGCCCAUCGGAGUGUCCAGCCGAGGGAAUGCUGAGUCAAUCCUUGCAGCACUGGUGCUGGGAACAUUACUCUGUAUGGAAGGCCGGCGUCUGGUAUGGGCAGCUAUGCUGUAUGGCCUGUCAGUCCACAUGAAGAUCUACCCCAUCACAUACGCCCUGCCCAUCUGUCUGACCCUGCGCACACCAGACACUGGAGCAGGAGAAGAGAAGGAGAGACAGACGUGGAGGAGAUUGUUGGGAUUCAUCAGAAGCUUCCUCAACCAAGAGCUGCUCCUCUUUGCAGGUGUGGCCGCAGGAGUUUUCUGUGGCCUGACCUCAUUCUUCUAUCACAUGUAUGGCUGGGAGUUCCUCCAUGAGACUUACUUGUACCAUCUGACCAGAAGGGAUAUCAGACACAACUUUUCUCCCUACUUCUACAUGCUCUACCUGACUGCAGACAGCAGCUGGAGCCUGGGGCUCGGCCUGGCCGCCUUUCUGCCACAGCUCAUCCUGCUGCUGCUGGUGUCAUGGGCCUUUCAUCUGGACCUGGCCCUCUGCUGCUUCCUGCACACCGCCAUCUUUGUCUCCUUCAACAAAGUCUGCACCUCACAGUACUUCCUGUGGUACCUGUGCUUGCUCCCUCUGGUCAUCCCUCGUCUGAGCCUGUCACCUAAACAGGGAAUGGGGCUGCUGGCCCUCUGGUUUGCUGGACAGGGUGUUUGGUUGGGUCCAGCCUACUUCCUGGAGUUUGAAGGCUACAACACCUUCCUGUUGAUCUGGCUGGCUGGAUUACUCUUCCUGGUCAUCAACUGCUUCAUCUUGAUCCAGAUCAUAGCCCAUUACAAACCAGAGCAGACUGCACAGAGACUGAAGAGUGACUGACACUCCCAUGUGGAUGAGCUUGUCCCUCUGAUUAAAGCCUCAAUGGGAGAUUCAGAGGACGUUUUACAGGUGGAAACUGUAAUCGCAAAGGACAGAUACAGGAGUGGUGUAGCAAAAAUAAAAUUUGUGUAUUGUUAAAAUUCA